AUGAUGACAACAACAGCAGCACCAGAAUCAACAACAACAAAAGAAGCAGGUAUGCCAAUGUUUAAAGAGAGAUAAAAAGAAGUUGAUCAACGACUUACAAUAUCUUAUAACAGACUGUUUAAUGAAAAAACAUCAAUCAUAUAUUGUUAGUUGAUUCUUACUUGUCUAAUCUGAUUGAAAUUCCAAAUAGUUUAUUAUUUUUAUUAUUCUUUAUAAGAAAGAAUAAAUAUAAAAACUCUUUCUUUUUAUAAAAUAAAAAAAGUUUUUUUCUGGGAAGUCCUGUUUUUUUCUAUGUAGCUUACAAAAAAAGUUAGAUGCCAUAGAUACAAAUGAAGUAUUUGAAAAAGCUUUUUUCAUAUAUUUUUUCAAGUACCACCUUUAUUUUUUUUGUGAUAUCACAUGAAGAUGUGAGGGUAGUGAUAAGAAAGAAUAUCGAUUAUUAUAUUCUAUUGCUCCGCUAGAGAUUUGUCUCAUUAUCUAUUAUAGAAAAAAAUCCUUUUUUAUUCUUUUUUUUUGGAAAUAUAAGGAUUCUAUUUAUGUUUAUUUGAUAAAAUAAAGAUAAAGCACUUUCUUUAAUUCAAAUAAUAGCAAGGAUCAUAGAUUAACGAAUGAUGGUAUUUCUGAUGAUACUAUCUUCUUGUAUGAGAAUGUGUUAUUUAUUAGUUUUCGUUAUUUUUACUGUAUUUGACUUGAUGAAAACUAAAUGGUCACUUUGAUGAAUGUGUACACGGAGCAAGUCGAGAUGUAUAUUCUUUUGUAAAGAACUUUAUUGCUUGCGAUGGGUGGGGUGUGGAUGAGAGUGUAGGUGUGGGUAUCGCAGACACAAUACGCACACACCCUCACCCUCACAUAUAAAUCGAAUGAUUACUAUAUUCGAAUGUUCUUUUCUAGUGUGGAUACUUACCGGCAGUAUGAGCAGUGCACGAGUCGAUCACACACAAGUCACAUUGACAAACGGAAAUGUCUUAGUUGCUGGUGGAC